AUGUUGUUUUCUGAGUUGGGUAAGCGUAGUGGUUUCACUUUGAGACUCGCACCUCUGAUCGGGUACGAACGCAAAGCAUGUUUCAGUCCUUUCGUGCCUCCGUCCAUCAGGAAGUUGUGGGUUAUCAACGGUGGAACCCUGACCCACACGGAGACCGACUUUCGUCAAGCUCAGUUCUUCUUUUGCAACGGCAUGAACGACCCCUGGCUCUCGGAGCUACUGUCCAGAUCCCUUAUCGUUCGGCAUGCUGCUUGGGUCACUGUAUGCGUCGUCGAAGAUUUUCGUAUACCGAUAGGGCCAUACACGCUCGAUGAUGUUUUUGACGAGUCAGGGUUCCAGAUUUUGGAUCCAGACACUGUGCUGCAGGCAAGAACGGACGGCGUAAGCCUGAAGAAGACCACGUUGCCUCAGAAAAGGUCAUUUGUAGAGGACGAGGAGCUUGACUCGGGCACGCUCGAGCGACCAAGAAAGAAGGCCCGGAUGGAGACUACUGGCUCUCCUGCGGAACAGGAGCUCGCGCCUGAGCCAAAGAAAUUGUCCCUCAAAGGAAACAUAACUCCAAGUCGCAUCUCCUUGCCUAUGACAAUCUCUGUAGGGAAUCCUGGUCGCAGAAUAUCCAUUUUUCCUCGGCCAUCGUUCCGCGCUCGUAUCUCCAGAGCCGCUAAACUCUUCGAGAGCCGUAUCAUUCAAUUUCGGCCUUGUCAGCAAUCUGUUUCUACGUCACUUAUUCCGCCUUCCGGUGUGACUUGCAAACGAAUUGCUCCACCUCUGAACAAGCACACUUUGUUCUGGAAUGACCUGCUUGCAAAAAAUCAGAGCGACUCUGUGGCGACGCUGACACUGUCAGUUGAUGACUUACUUCGGGCACCCGGAACCAGAGCUGCCAUCUUCACUGUCAACGAGACGUAUCUUGGGAGAACCUUCGUCAACGAGGACUAUGCUUAA